AUGGCGAACCGUUCGCCGCAACGGCGCAAGCCAACGAUAUUGUCGAAGGACUGGGGAAGCACCGCAGUUCGUGCAUCCCUCUACCCUCGUCAUCAGGGGGCGCUCUUACGAGAGGUCUGGAACCAACACCCCAAUCCUUGGUAUGAUGAGCGAUACCAAGAAGGCGGCUUCUGUCCAUAUUUGUACCUCAACGACGACGGAGAUGGAGUGUACUUGGGCGAACGGAUAGAUCUCAACCGUGUGGCAACACCUUCCAAGCCCUUCUUCGCCGAAGUGCCUAUGACCAACAAUGAAUUUGUGAAAGCAGCACUCAGCGAUCCAAGGGCCAAGACAAUGUGGGAACGUAUCAACACAGGACUGAAGAAGAUCAUUGAGACUGUUUUCAGGCAGGUUGUUCGAGAUUGCAACGAAACGACGAAAGGUGGCCCAUUCUACAUCGAUGGGAUUGCCCUGGCAUACCCUACGUAUUGGACCGAGGUUGAGCGGAGGAAGUAUGAAAGGCUCGUCAGGGAGGUUUUAUCCACCUUUGAAGAUGAGUGUCUGCGCCAGGUUCAGCCUCAAAUUGUGUUUCAUGAGGAAUGUUUGGCCGCCGCCAACAAUCUCUUCUCAACCAUCACACAAAGCGAUGCCGUCAUGGGCCCCAUUACCGACCAGCCGCCCCUACUGGUGACGAUUGACUUCGGCGGCCACACUCUGGCAAAAUGGAUAGGUGGCAUUCAAAUUUGGGAGCAGGAGAUAGCUGCAUUUGCAGUCCAAACCCUGGAGAAGAAACGAAACGCACCUCUCCCCCCCAAUGCACUAGAACACAUCUUGCGGAUCUUUCACCAAACUAUUAAGCAACCGAAGGCAGAAAAAAUCGAGGCGUUGAGCCUUUUUUACACAGAUGAUGACGGAGGGCACUUUCUGACCGUCCCCGCUGAGAAGGCCAAGCAGUGCUUCUGGAAAGCCAUGAGGGAGCCCCUUGAGCGCGCAGCCAAGGAGAUUGCCCGAGCUGCCUCAUUGAAAUACGAUGUUCGUGUGGUGGUGUACGGUGGAAGUGGUCAGAACUCAAUUGUGCAAGCAAAGAUCAAGGAGGCGUGCGAGAAAGCCGGGGUUAACCCCCCUUAUUUCGCACAAAAUGGCUCACGUGCGAAGGAAACAUGGAAUGUCGCCAAUGGGGCUGCGCAUGCGACAGCAUACACAUUAUCUGUUGAAGAGUUUGUGAGCAACGGCGCUGCUUUUGGAAUCCGCAAGAGUACUCUCAAGCCGGGUGCACGACAAAGUGAUUGCAGCCCGGCUAUCGACUGGCUGUCUGACGUGGCUGUUGCUCUUGAUUCUAAAUCUUCCAAAUAUUUCAAGACAUGGUGCACCAGUAAAACCAGGCUCAAGAUUAUUUGCGACCCUUUCCUGAAGAAGGGCGCCAAAGGGAAACGCAGAACAUUAGACAUUGACCGAUCGUACGAUGUUCUCGAACUGCCACAACCUCCGCAAGGAUAUUGGGGGUAUCGUCUCAGUUUCGGCAAGGACGGUCUUUCCAAGACACUUGUCAUGGAACUCGAAAGUCUGGGAAAAAAUGGAAAACCCCACGGGGGCUCCAAAAUACAGCAUUCCUUUCCACUUACGUCGAUGGCACGUCAAACUGCUGUCUCCUGGACGUAG